AUGGCUGAAGAUGUUUCGGAAAACAGAGAAUGGUCACCUUCGACGCCGGGCCAAAACCGUGGAGAACAUAGAGCUGGUGGUCCCAGGUCACUAUUUAUACGCCGGUCAGAAAAUGGAUUCGGUUUCACGUUGCGCCACUUCAUCGUUUAUCCACCCGAAUCGUAUCUGGUGUUGGCCGGAGACGAACGGUUGGGCUUGCGACAGGGCGCUGGCGCCUAUUCUGACGAACCGAUGGACACAAUAUUUGUGAAACACGUCAGGGAAUUCGGUCCGGCUAGUGUAGCUGGUCUCAGUACUGGCGACCGCAUAAUCAGCGUCAACGGUGAAACGGUGGCCGGUAAGUCGUACGCACACGUCGUGCAGGUCAUCCAGCAAACGCAAUGCCAUCUCUAUUUGCUCGUGGUGCCUAUGGAAAAUGACAUUCUACAGUUGUAUUUCAGCGAGACAGCUCACAAUCCCGAAACGAACCAGAGGCCUGGCCGCCUGAAAGCGGCUAUGACAUCUGGUAGUGAAUUGCGUUUCCAUCAUCACCGUGGUCGCGAUUCCAGUCCCAUCUACCAGACCAUCUGGGAUCACCCCCAACACCGUAGCGCCGUUAGUGGCAUUGGCAGUGCCAGUACCAGUGUCAGUGUCAGUGGUGCGAAACCGACGUCGGCUGCAGCUAGAUUCGUGUCACCCCACCGCACGCCCGGCGUCCGGCGGUCGUCCGUCACCGAUACGAACGGCAGUGGUGGCGGCUACCCUCACCAUCGGAACAAGCCGACGGUAGCACAGUCCAACAAUCCAAACGCCCGACACAGCAUGGACAUAGGGGUGGCGUGCCGCGACGCACUGCAACUGCAAGUGGCAGCCGACAACUCGGCGGCCCAUUACCGGCUCCAACGUCACCUGCAGUACGGUGGUGCGUCGCAGCCACCGCCGCCCGUUGACCCCGUCAUCAUGUCCCGGAUAAAAAAAAGCCUGGAACAGAAGGAAGAGUUCCUCCGUCGUCCCGUGGUCCAGCAACAGCAGCAGCAGCAACCGGCCAAAGAGUUCUACGCCAGGCCACAAAAACUGUUGCCACCCAUGUGGCCGCCUUCGCUCUCGUCAUCGUCGGUCAACCAGCCGCAACAAUUUCCGGAGUGCAGCUCUGCAGCGGUAGAAACGUCAUCUCCCGCUCAGCCACCACCAACCGCGUCCAAGCCUAAAGGCAAACAGUUUGUGAACACUUUGGGAAAAAUUCACGAGGACGGCAGCGCUGGAAAGUCACCUGCAACGGCUGCUGAGACGGCCGACCACCAUCACCCGAAACAGGCAGGCAUGCCGCAAGUGGUUUCCAUGAGGGCCAAACAGUUCGAGAGCGGCAAAAUCGACGACAAGACAGAUUUCUACAAGAGUGAGUUGGCCCGACUAACGUCUAAACACAAUGUUCCUAAUGUGGCUGUGAGAAAAAUGGAAUACGAACAAAAACUUUACACCGAUAAAAAACAACCCGCCGCCGCGGAUCAACAAGAGAUUACUGACGAUUCGAUUACUAGCUACAGUAGUUCUUCUGAUAAGUCUAUCUCUUUCACCAAUCCCUCCGCUGGAUACCAUUCUGGGAAUCUAAUCGUACCGAUUGGCAGCAGCAAAAUCCACUGCGAUCCCCCCAAAGAAUAUGAACCACAAAAAGACGAGUCUAUUUCUAAAGAUGAAUCGUAUCGCUUCAAACCGGUGGUGCGUCAAGAUUCCUACCUGGCCGCAUGUAAAAAACCCACUAUCAUAGAGCGACGAAACCAGAAGCCGAUGGAAAACGGAGCGGAAAAAUCAAAAACCCAUCGGCGGAACGCGCGACCGACGCGCCUCGAGCUGCCCAAGGAUAGGCCUGUCGAUUUUGCCGCGCAGUCCACUGGCUCCAGCCAAGUGUCUUCAGACGAUACGGAAACUGUGGCCGCAGCCGCCGAGCUUCAAAAACCGUGUGAAAUGAUCACGUUGAGACCGACUAACUCGAGUUUUGAUAAUGAAGAAGAAAGGACCACCAGACGGACAUCGUACCUGCAAGCGACGGCCUGGGGCGAUCGUAUGAGUGUCGACGACCUCACCACCACAGAAUCCGAAUCCGAGCCCACCUCGAUUGUCGUCGCCCCACAGAACAGUAGCAUACUGGGAACAAAGAAAAAUGGCCCUCCGUUCCAGGACCUCGGCAACAGUCGCGUGGUUAAAGAAGGAUCGUUGCUGUGCAAAGUGAUACAGAUCGACGGCAAGAAGGCAUGCGAUCGGUCGUGGAAACCGGUGUGGGCCGUUGUACGCGGACAGACGUUGUGUCUGUACAAAGAAAAACGAGAGUCUAUACCUAACAUUUCGACCGAUACGCCCGCAACUCUUGAAAAGUCGGACGACGUGAACGUGUCCUGCGAUCGUAUCAACCUGAGAACGUCCACUACGGACGUGGCUCACGACUAUACCAAGAGGAAGCACGUGAUGCGACUUUGCUCCAGCGUCGCCGACAUGGGGUGCACUGAACUACUGCUUCAAGCCGACGACACUUCGUCCAUGGUGCGCUGGUUGAAAGCAUUGCAGGAGCAAGCUCUCGAGGCACAGGCACCUCUGUCCGCAGAAGAAUGUUUGAGCAUCUCGCCUGGCAAUACUAAGGGUAUGCGUAAGUUAGGUACGUUCAGAAACCGUUCGCCCACCGGUGAUUCUCCAAUCACUAAGACGCGAAAACCGGACCGUAGCCCGUGCCAAGCAUCACAGCCACAAUCUCCCAAAUCUACCAAUACUUGGAAAAAUCGAAUGGCCAAACAAUUGAAAAAAAUACAACAAGGAUCGGGAUCGCCGGUAUCACCGAUUAUGCCCACACUACCGCCACCCCCGGGCACUGCAAUCGGCAUACCUCUGGAACUUUGUCCACCGUCGACUCGUUCUGAGCUUGUACCAUUAAUAGUAGAAGUAUGCACAUCAAUCGUUGAAGAAAAAGGGUUGGAUAUCAUCGGUAUUUACAGAGUACCUGGUAAUACGGCUGCUAUUACUUCACUAACAGAAGCGGUCAACAGCGGUGGUAUGGAAACCCCAGAUUUGGCCCUUAAGCUUCUACAACGAGAUCCUCGAUGGACAGAUGUCAAUGUAAUCUCCAGCCUAUUAAAAUCAUUCUUUAGAAGGCUUCCCGAUGCUCUACUAACAACUGAAAUGUAUCCACACUUCAUCGAGGCUGAUAAAAUUGAUGAUCCUGUUCAACGAAUGGUUAAACUGCGUGAACUAGUUCAUAAACUGCCAGACCACCAUUUUGAGACUUUAAGGUACUUGCUGAUGCACCUUAAGAAAGUUGUUCAUCACAGUGGGGUCAACAAAAUGGAAGCACGUAACUUGGCAAUUGUGUUUGGUCCUACUCUAGUUCAUUCUGCUGAUGAUAACAUGGUAACUAUGGUCACAGAUAUGAGUCAUCAGUGCCGCAUUGUCGAAUCGCUAAUAUUACAAGCUGAUUGGUGUUUUGGCAACGGAGAUGUGGUAGAUCUUACAGCAUCCAUACCUGAAAAUUGUGGACAAGUUCCAGAAAUUGAACAAACUGCUCCAAAUCAAAAUCUUUUGGAUAACAUCAACAAAGUUUCUGGCAAUCAGUACACGCCAUUUAUGGCCAAAGACCUUGUGACCAAUAUUGUUGCUGCAGCUAAUCGCAAAAUGCAUCGAGCUACUGGCAAAAAUUCAAAUACAUCACGAAAGUCUCGUACCAAUGUAACCAAUAAUAUAGUUCCUCAUAUUAGUGUACUUCCAAGUGCAUCUGAUAUUAAACACGAUGUGUCUAACAAAGAUAAAUUGAACAGCUCAAAAGCCAGUUCAGAAACCGUUUCAAGUACUAGCCUCAAUGAAUCUGAAGACAGUCUUGAUCACCUAACAACUAAUGAUCAAAGUUUAGAUUUACCGCCACAAAAUAACGAUGGUGCUCCCCCUAUUAAGACUUAUGUCAAUUUAGCUGAAACUACUCAAGAAAGAAUACGACGAUUUGAACAGGAAACAAAAGCAAUGCUUCAAAGAGAAAUUAACAGAGGUCAAAGAAGAAGAGAGUAUUUUGGACUUGACGAGCCUGUUACUCAAGCGAACGAAGCAUUAAUGCUAGCUAAAGAUUAUUCACCAGUCAUGGUGAAAGUAUCCAAAGGAACAACCAAUGGAACUAAUAAACAAUCAAAUGACUCAGACUUAAAAAAUAAUCAGAAACGAUUAAAAACUAGUAUUGAGAAUGCUGAUGAAUGGUCGGUAGAUUCACUCAGUGAUGGUUUAAGAAUAUCCAAUGAACGUCCUAUAAGUCACGCAUCAGAUGAAGGAGGGGAUUUAUUGGUGAGCCUGACCUCCGCUUUUGACAAAAAACUUAAAUCCCUUUUAAUACCCAGUGACUCUGUGGAUGUUGAAGAAAAACCGUCAGUGGCUAUAUCAAGUGAUGAACAAACAGAUGUGCAGACUUACAGAGACCCAAGCUUACAUAGAUCAUUGGAAAGGCGCAGCCAGCAUAUAACCGAAAAACAUGAAAUUGAAACCAUGAAAGAUUCAACUAGUGAAUCAAUAAAAGAUUCUUCAAAAAUUGAUAAUUUUGAAUGUCUUCAAGACAUCAACACCAAUCCAAGUGUGCGUCUGCGUCGUUCCGAGUCAUUGAAACAAAAAGAAAACCGUCCAGACUAUGGGAAUCAUGUAAAACUACGUCGUUGUGAGUCACUGAAUAAACACGAAAGAUAUAUAUCUAAAUACACAAAGUUUGAGGCAAUGAUGCUGACAAAAAACGGUGACGCUUCCAAACACCGGCGAUCUGACUCCCUCACCAAGACGGAGAAGACCGAGUGCAACAUGAACAAGCGAAAACAAGGAUUGUCUAGACGCUGUAGUUCAUUGCGCGAUAAGGAAGCGCGCCAAAAACGUAAAAACGGUGUUACAACUGAUCGCAGCAUCAAGAGGCGGCAUACAGUAGGUGGUACAAAGGACUUUGAUAAGAUCACAUGGUUGGACAAUAAGGAAAGAGAAGAAUUAGAAAAAAGCUGCAAAGAUAGAAGAACCAGUUCACCAGACCUUAGUUGGGCUCGUGUUGUGGAUGGAAUAAAAGAAAGAGGUAUUAGACCCAGAAGCAUGGCCGACCCAAACUUUGUGUCUAAACUAUUGAAUGUACCUCUUGAGUCACAUGUUUGA